UUAUGUUGGAGAAAGCAGCUGGCAUCAGAGCUAAAAAUCAACGCAGCCUUUGUGCGACAGCCAAACAUUACCCUGAAGCCGGAGUUUUGAGCUUGCAGAGUUCUUUUUCUUAUUAUUUGCCGCCCAUAAUCUCCAUAUCAAACGUGAUCGUGAAUAUGUGUGUAUGUUCUUGGGGAUUUUCAAGAUAUGCAGUUGGAAGUUGCACAGUAGUAGAUGAGUAUUCCUUCCUUACCUUUGCCAUUUGUCAGAGGUCACCCUGGCUCAGCAGAAUUGUGGAAACUACUCCGGGAAAAUUCUGAAGCCAAGGUCGCACAGAUGGAUGCACAAAUGUCCAAGGCAUUCAAAUCUGCAUUCAGCAUCUACGCAAGAGACCUUCGGAUAAAACAGGAUGCACAUCAAAACCUCAACUGCUUAAGUGAUGAUUGGGAGGAGGAUUUUCAGAACCUGCACCAAGCCCAGUUUCAAAAAUGUGUUCAGCACUUGAGAAACAGCCUGGGCUUAAUGAAUCGAGCAUCCGAGAGCAACCAGGAGAGAGCCACUGCUAUCAUUGCCAAUAAUCCAAUUCCUGACCUCAAUGACGUGGACGGAAAAGACUCUCCAAUGCGCUUCCUAAGCAAACCUCCAGCCAAGCUAAAAUACCCAGUGAGAAAACAAAUAAUCCUCCCUCCCCUGAAACAACGUAGGCAGCGAUCUGCUGAUAUUUCGAACGCCAGCAAGCAGGAAGAGCAGGGAACCUUGCAAGAAAAGGCUCUGAUCAUUAAGGCUUCAAAGAAGGAAUCAGCUUCCAAUUUGUUGAGAAAGGAAUUUAAGAAAGUUGUGAAACCAUCUUACCUACUGAGUUCCAAAGUGCCACCAAUUAAACCAAAGAAAUCCAAGGAAUGCAACGUGGAAGACACCGUUGUGAUUUCCAUCAGUGAGGGCUUGGACGCGUGCCGUAGAUCAUCAUAAGUUGUAAUGUGCACUUUGUCAAGGAAGGAAUAAAGGGAGCAUUUGCGACAUUGUUACUUGUUUCUGUCUGGUUCAUUCAGAAGUCUUCCAAUUUGGAAAAGGCAAUUGGCUGUUUGAAAAUUUCUUUUCUUUCUGUUUAGUACAGGCUCAUCAAUUAGUUUGAAGACUACAGAAGCAAAUGUUUAACUCAGAACCUGCGAGAUCGAAAAAUUCCAGCAGCUUUACAGUCUUGGGCUUGAUAUUGAUAAUGUAACUUGAGAAAAUUGUUGGGACAGGAUCCCCAGAUGCUGCCAGACCUGGUGAGCUUUUCCAGCGACUUUGUUUUUGUUCCAGUUUUACGCUUUAUUGAAAUCUGUGGAGAGAAACAUAGCACUGCACAUAAAACUGCUGAACCCAAUCCCACGGAUUUCCUGCUGAAUGAGUUUGGUGAAAACCACUCACAAGGUUUCUUACAUGGAUAUGAAAAACUGGUGUGCUGUUUACAAAAUAAAAUUUAGCACCUUAAAUUGUUUACCAUUUGAUGCGGAAGUGGGUUGUGUCUCAUUGCCAGGCCGAGCAAAUGUUUACAUUUACAACGACCACAGAUUUUAUCAGAAAAUCAA